AUGCAAGGAAUGUCUGUGAAGUUAUUUAAAAAAUCGAAUACUUACCUUCAUUUAUAUGAACAACGGUUAUCUUUUCUAAGAGCAACUUCAUUUCUUCCAAAAUUUCUUAAUCAUCGAUUAUCAUUGAAAAUCAAUUUAACGUCUCUUUCGAGAGAAUAUUUUUCGAACUUUUCACACAAUUCACCAGUUAAUGUAUUCCAUCUCAACAUUACAUGUGCACAAAAAUCUCAGAUUUAUCGUUCAAUAUGUGACAUUUCUCUCACAUUCUAUUUAAAUAAUUCCAAACAAUUAAAUCUUUUCUCAAACCAAGCCACGUGUUCAUUGUCCAUCUUGAGAAUCAAUUCGGACAUAAUCUCGAUUAGUCUGCAUGAAUUAUUUCCAUCUGAUUUUCAGUUUUAUUUCCUCCAACUUUGGUCUCAUCAUAGCAAUCAAACAAUCAUCUCUUGGCCACAAUGGCCACCGUCUAAUGAACGUUUGAAUCAAAACAUUCUCAUUCAUUAUUCUUCUCAAGAUUUAUUUGUUCACGAACAAAAUUCUCUGUCUAAGUGGUUGGAUUUAUUCACUAUUGAACAACGAGAACUUGUUCCAUUUGAAAGAGCAAAAAAUUGCUCUGUAUGUUCAAAACAAUUUCACGAUUGGAUAUUCGAUUAUCAACAAUGGCAUAAGAACAUCACGACUGUUCUUCUUUUCAAUCAAAAAAGCAAAACAAUCGAUGAACAACGAAAGGAGAUUCUUAAACAUGAUAUUCGAUUCUUAAUUUAUGAAAAGCAGUUGACUGGUAUUGCUGAUCGAUUUAUUCAUUUGAUUUCAACAUAUUUUGUUGCUUUAUUAACGAAACGUUUAUUUAUUUUCGAUGAAGAUUGGCCAGAUUUUCAUGAGAUAUUUCAGUUAAGUUUAAAUUCUGAUCAUCAGGCAUUCGCAUUUUUAUUUGAGAAAUUCAAUUUUUCAAAAAAAGUGCAAUCGUUUUCAUUUGAUCGAUAUCUCAAAGAUUAUGAUUAUGAUCAACAAUUUCCCGAACGCGUUCUCAUUUUCAAAGGACACACAGGUGGUGUUAUUCAAACAAUCGACUCAAAAACUAGUGUUUACCGGAAGUUUCUAACCGAAGAUCUACAAAUGAAUGCGAACAAUAUCUUUGGUUGUCUUUAUCAUUCGUUUCUCGCUUAUAAACUAUCGGAAAUUGUCCAAAGAGUUGCUUUAUCGAGUACAAAAUUGAAUUCAUUUGAUCAUUCAUCAUACGAAAUUCUUCAAAUUCUUUUAUCGUCCAAUUUUUUCACCAUUGGUGUUCAAAUUCGUGCAGGCGACGCAACAAUGCAGCGAAAAUCGACAAAUCAACUCUUGAAUGACACUCAAGAAACGCGUCUUCUCGGACGAGUUGAAAAUUAUCUCAAUUGUACUUUGGAUUUAAUUCAUCAAAAUCAACAGUCGAACGUCAUUCCAGUUGUUUUUCUCAUGUCUGAUAGCUAUGAAAUUCGUCGAUCUGCUUUGAAACGUUGGUCAUUACCUCUUCAAAGUCAAUCACGAUUGAAAAACGAUCGUUUAUAUAUUUUAUCCGAUUCCAAACCUGUUUUACAUAUUCAAUAUACAAACAAUCGUUUACUUGCUCUACAAUUGGGAGCUUUUCACAUGUUCCUGUUUAGUUUAUGUGAACAACAUUUAAUUAGCACAGAUAGUGGUUUUGGUCGCAUUCCUGCAUUUGCAUCAUUGAGACAAAGAAAUCUUUAUUCACUUUCAUUGAAUGAGCGUGCAUCUUGUCGAAACCAAGGAAUUACGUUGAUAAGUGCAGGACGGAAUUGGUCUGGAAUUUAA